AUGUCAAAUUUAAUGAAAUGUGUAUUAUAUCCUUCUAAAGGAUCAAAUCUUGAAUUUCGAAUGGUUGAAAUUCCAGAACCAAAAGAUGGACAAGUGCGAAUUAGAGUUAUGGCAUGUGGUGUCUGUCAUACUGAUUUGAUGAUGAAAACAACGAGUACUAGUUAUCCGAGAAUUCCAGGUCAUGAAGUGGCGGGUGUCAUCGAUAAACUUGGCAGUGGUGUAGUCAAUUACAAGGUUGGCGAUCGUGUUGGUGUUGGAUUCUUUGGUGGCUGUUGUCAUUGGUGUCAACAGUGCAAGCAGGACAACUGGAUCGGUUGCGCAUCCCGACAGUUGUGUGGACUGCACUACGACGGUGGAUAUGCAGAGUAUUGUUGUGUGCCAUUUGACGCGCUCUCCAAGUUGCCGGACGGCAUGACAUUCGAACAAGCCGCGCCAAUGCUAUGCGCCGGCAUAACAGUGUACAACGGAAUCGUCAAGCAGAAUAUUAAGCCGGGUUCGCUUGUUUGUGUUCAGGGAAUAGGGGGUUUGGGUCAUUUGGCAAUACAGUUUGCACGACGACUCGGUUAUGAGGUGGUGGCAUACAGUUCCGGCGCGGAUAAAGAGUCGUUGGCGCGCGAGUUGGGUGCGCAUCAUUAUCUCGAUGGUUCAAAGAGUGAUUCGCUGGCAAAGUUAACAGCUAUGGCACCGAUGAUGAUUAUCUUGACUGGACCGAGUAAGAGUGCAGUGGAAUCACUCAUUCCCACGCUGGCGUUUGGCGGAAGGAUGUUGUUGUUGGCGGCACUCUCAGAGGGUAUCAAUGUCAAUGGCACUAUGAUUGUGAUGAAGAAUAUCUCAAUACACGGUUGGCUUGCAGGCGACAGCAGAGACAGCGAAGCAACCAUGAAAUUCGCACAGAUCACACAAGUCCAACCUAUGAUUGAAACAUUCCCAAUAGAGAAAGCAUUGGAAGCCGUAGAGAAAAUGGAAACCGGUAAAGUUAGAUUUAGAUCGGUUUUAGUUAUGAGUGAAAAUAGAUUUAGUGACAAUCAUAAUAUUGAUUAUAAAUAUCAAGAUAUCGAUGAUGAUGACGAUAAUAAUCUAAUUUUUGAAAAUGAUUUAAAUUUACAUGUUAUCAAUUUGAAUAAUAAUCAUCGCAAACAACAUCAGCAACAUCAUCAUGAACAUAGUUUCAGUGGUAUAAGAGCAUUGUUAAAUCUAUCUUUAGUUUGCAAGGAUUGGCUAUCGAUUGUACCAACCUUAUUCUUUAGAUAUAUACACGUUGCAACGGUCGGUCAAUUCAGAGAGCUGAUACAUCUCUCGAAAUACGGUAUUCUCUGCCAACAACGUUCACCUAUAUUCUUCUAUUACGUCAACAUACACCUAAAGAACAGCAACAACAACAAUAGCAGCAACAACAACAGUAACAAUAACAGUAACAACAAUAGCAAUUCAAAUUCAUUGUUAAAUACACCACCAACUACAACAACUCCACCUCUUUUUACAACAGAACUAGAUGUAGAUGAAGUAGAUGAAGAAACAGAACAACUACAGCAACAAAAACAACAACAACGGCAACAACAAAAACAAGUUUAA